UUGCGACUCCACUUCCGUUUGCACUCCGUCCCAGUUCGCCUUCGGCUAUCCAUCCAAGCCUCUUUUCCUUCGCUCCUCCGAUUGACGAUUGAGGUCUGAUUCGUCUUGUCUUCUUACCACCACGAUACACCACACAUCGCUCGCUCGCUCGCUGCGUAACACCCAGACAUCAAGAACCAGAACAAGAGCUUCAGAGAGAAAGAACGAAAGACAGAAAGACAGACAUGGCACCAGCAGCGAUCUACGAUUCCCCCGUCGCAGCAGAGCAGUACCACCCCGCACCCGUCCUCGCGGCCGUGCCAGUCACAGUCAAAGGCGCGGCGCUCGCUAUCGGUUCGCUCAGCACGGCUGGGGAUGGGAAGUAUCAGAGCCUUGUGUCGGAUCUGGAGGGGUCGAGGCAGGUGGAUAGGCAGAUGUUGGAUAGGUUGUUGGAUGGAGCCACCGUGCUCUCCCCGGGAGCCUAUUCGUCCGUUCACGUCACGCUCUCCCCACCGGAAUACGAAGGCCUGAAACCGAAAAUCUCAGAGCUCCUCACACAGCUCCUCGACGGCCUUUCCCCACUCGGAACGCUCCACCUCCUCAACCUGACUUCAUCCCUCCUCGACCUGCCCUCCGAGCUCACCCUCGCGGGCUUUAACGUCCUUUCUGCGAUUCCGGUCGAAGGGACGGUCAUCGCGCAGAAACCGGCACAUAUACCCGGCGUUGCGUUUUCGCUCAAAACGAAGUCUUCGAUGGCCGCCGCCGCUGCUGCCUCUACGACUGCUACGACUACUGCUACUCUCAAUUCAAAGACGUCCCCAGCACCGCUCGCCCUUCGACGUCGAAUCGACCCCGAGCGCAAGGCGUCAAAGAAAGCGCUCUGGACACUGACCUCCUCCCCCUCCACACCCUCCAUCGACGCCAACCAACUCCUCACCGAAGCCGACAAGAAACGUCCCGAGGCAUGCGAGCCCGUCUCCAAAGGCUCUGCGGCGAACGGUGGGCCCCGCCGCAAGAAGGCGUGCAAGAACUGCACGUGUGGGCUCGCGGAGCUCGAGGCGGAGGAGCUCAGGUCGAGCAAGGUCGUGAUGCUGGAUGGGAUUGUGGAUGGGGAGGCGAAGGAGGUGGAGCGAGAGCAGGCGGAGAGGGAGAGGUUGGCGGGGGCGGCGAGGGCGGCGCCGAAGGCGACGUCGAGCUGUGGGAGUUGUUUUUUGGGGGAUGCGUUUAGGUGUGCGAGUUGCCCGUAUCUUGGUCUUCCCGCUUUCAAGCCUGGCGAGAAGGUGGAGAUUGAUUUCGGGAUGGAUGAUAUCUGAGCUCACGGCACCGAGUCGCUCCACGCUCUCUCGCCACAUAGCCAGGCGAGGCUCGCAACCUUCGUGCCAGCCGUCGACUCUAUUCACAUGAGUUUAGGCUUUAGGCUUAGGGAAGGGGUUGUAUGUAUUAUCUCUUACCUUCUUAGCGACCAUUUUCAUGGUCGCACUUCCAUCAUCUUUCUGUGUGUUGUUAGUUAGUUAGUUAGACUCGCAAUUGUGGAGGGAGGGAGGGUAGGUGGUGGAGGCGUUGGGAACGUUGCAUUAAUUUUUGCUGAUUUUUGUUGUACUCUUUUCAUCAUCUCAUCAUCAUUUAUCACCAUCAUCCAUCCAUUUCUUCUUUGAUUUUUUGUGACACCUUUUAUGACCGCCGAGUGGAUCGGGAUCAGAGAUAUAAAUACUAAGUGAGAAGUUU